AUGUCUCCUUUUUCUUCUCAUUAUUAUUGUCCUUCUCAGCCGCCUUCUUCUUGGCUACAUUCGUCUUCUUCUUCUACGUCUCCUUUUUUUCUCACUGUUAUUAUUAUUAAUAAUACUGUCCUUCUUCGUCGCCUUCUUUCUUAUCUACCUUCGUCUUCCCAUUCUACGUUUCCAUUUUCUUCUCACUAUCAUUAUUAUUAUUAUUGUUAUUAUUAUUAUAAUUAUUGUCUUCCUUCGUCUUCUCCUUCUCCUUCUUCUUCUUCUUCUUCUUCUUCUUAUUAUUAUUAUUAUUAUUAUUAUUAUUAUUGUCCUUCUUCGCCCUCUUCUUCUUGGCUACCUUCGUCUUCUCCUUCUUCUUUUUCUUCUUCUUCUUCUUCUUCUUCUUCUUCUUAUUAUUAUUAUUAUUAUUGUCCUUCUUCGCCCUCUUCUUCUUGGCUACCUUCGUCUUCUCCUUCUUCUUUUCUUCUUCUUCUUCUUCUUCUUCUUCUUCUUCUUCUUCUUCUUAUUAUUAUUAUUAUUAUUAUUAUCACGUUUUCUAUUUUUAUUUCGUCUUUCUUCCUUUACACUCUCUCUUACUUACUUACUUUCCACACUUUCUUUCUUUUUUCUUUCUUUCUUUCUUUCUACUCUUUCAUUUUUUUUCUUUCCACCAUUUCUUUCUGUUUUAUUUCCACGCUUUCAUUCUUUUUUGCUCCUUACCAUUCUUUUUCUUUCUUUCUUUCUUUCUUUCUUUCUUUCUUUCUUUCUUUCUUUACACUCUUUGAUUCUUCCUAUCUUUCUCCUCCGUUCUUUUUUCUUACUUUCUUUAUACUCUUUCUUUCUUACUUGCCAGGCUUUCUUUCUUUUUUUUUUUUCUUUCCAUACUUUCUUUCUUUUCCUUUCUUUCUUUCUUUUUACGAUUUCAUUAUUUUUCUUUCACUCUUUCAUUCUUUUUUCUCUCUUUCUUUCCAAACUUUCUUUCUUUUUCCUUUCUUUCGACAUUUUCUUUCUUAUUUCUUUCCACCCUUUCGUUCUUUUUUCUUUCUUUUAUUUCACACUUUCUUUUUUUCUUCCCACUCUUUCAUUAUUUCUUUCUUUCUUUUUUCUUUUUCUCCACUAUUUCUUUCUUUUUUCUUUCUACUCUAUCUUUUCUUUCUUUCUUUCUUUCUUUCUUUCUUUCUUUCCACUUUUUCUAUCAUUUUUCAUUUUUCUACUCUUUCGUUCUUUUUCUCUCUUUCUAUUUCUUUCUUUCUACUCUUUCGAAUAUAUUGUUUUCUUUCUUUCUUUCUUUCUUUCUUUCUUUCUUUCUUUCUUUCUUUCUUAAUAUCUCGUUUGCUUUCUCCCCAUUGUCAUUCUACGUUUAACUUUCUUUCUUUAUUUCUUUCUUUCUUUCUUUUUUCUCGAAUCUUUUUCAGCAUUUUUUACGUUUUAUUUUAUAAUAGUUUUUCCUUCGUUUAUCAUUUCUUUGCUUUCUUUUACUUGCUUUCUUUCUUCCUUUCUUUCUGUUCCAUUUGUUGGCUUCUUUAUCUAUUUCUAUCUUUCUUUCUUUUCUUACUCUUUCUUUCUAUUAUUCUUUUUUCUUUCUUUUUUCAUUCUUUCUUUCUUUCUUUCCUUUUUUUAUUUUUAUCUCUUUCAAUAUUUUUUUGUUUCAUCCUUAUUUUCUUUCUGUUGUUUUAUCUUUCUUUCAUUCUUUAUUUUUCACACCUCUUUUUAAUUUUAUCUUCGCCAUUCUUUCCUUCGAUUAACUUUUCCUUCUUUUUUCUUUGUAUGUUUGUUUCUCUCUUUCGUUUCCAUGCCUUUUUAUUUCCUUCAUUCUUUCUUUUCGCUUAUCUUUUCUUUCUUUCUUUCUUUCUUUUUUUCUUUCUUUCUUUCUUUCUACUCCAUUCCUCUUUUUUUCUGUUUUUAUCAUCGUCAUUUUCUCCAUCACUUCAGUUUGCUAUUUUUCUUUCUCUGUCAUUCUCUCUUUCACUUAUCAUUUUACAUUCUUUCUUUCUUUCUUUCUUUCUUUCUUUCUUUCUUUCUUUCUACUCAACUCUUUUUUGCAUUUUUAUCUCCGUCAUUCUCUCCAUCGCUUUUGUUUUCUUUUCUUUCUUUCUUUCUUUCUUUACUACACAUCAUUUUUUGCUUUUAGCCCUUUCAUUCUCUCUCUCGUUUAUCAUUUUUUCUUUCUUUCCUUCUUUCUUUCUUUUUCUUUUUCUUCUUUCUUUUCUUUUCUUUUUUCUUCUUUUUUCUUUCUUUCUUUCCAUUCCAUUUUUUUGCAGUUUUAUCUCCGUCAUUCUCUCCAUCGCUUUUGUUUUCUUUUUCUUUCUUUCUUUCUUUCUUUCUUUCUUUCUUUCUUUCUUUUUCUUUCUUUACUACACAUUAUUUUUUGGUUUUAGCCCUUUCAUUCUCUCUCUCGUUUAUCAUUUUUCUUUCUUUCCUUCUUUCUUUCUUUCUUUCUUUCUUUCUUUCUUUCUUUCUUUCUUUCUUUCUUUCUUUCUUUUCUUUCUUUUUUUUUUUCUUUUCUUUUCUUUCCAUUCCUUUUUUUUUCAGUUUUAUCUCCUUUUCAUUUCUCUCUCUCGCUUAUCAUUUUUAUUUUUCUUUCUUUCUUUCUUUCUUUCUUUCUUUCUUUCUUUCUUUCUUUCUUUCUUUCCAUGGCUAGCUUUUUGUUCCUUGCAUUCUUUCUUUCUUUCUUUCUUUCUUUCUUUCUUUCUUUCUUUCUUUCUUUACUACACAUCAUUUUUUGCUUUUAGCCCUUUCAUUCUCUCUCUCGUUUAUCAUUUUUCUUUCUUUCCUUCUUUCUUUCUUUCUUCUUUUCUUUCUUUCUUUCUUUCUUUCUUUCUUUCUUUCUUUCUUUCUUUCUUUCUUUCUUCUCCAUUCCUUUUUGCACCCUUUCAUUCUCUCUCUCGUUUAUCAUUUUUCUUUCUUUCCUUCUUUCUUUCUUUCUUUCUUUUCUUUCUUUCUUUUUUUCUUUCUUUUCUUUUUUCUUUCUUUCUUUUUUCUUUCUCCAUUUUUUUUUUGCACCCUUUCUUUCUCUCUCUCUCGUUUAUCAUUUUUCUUUCUUUCCUUCUUUCUUUCUUUCUUCUCUUUCUUUUCUUUCUUUUUCUUUCUUUCUUUCUUUCUUUCUUUACUACACUUCCUUUAUUAUUUUUAUCUCCGUCUUUCUCUCCCUCGAUUACAUAUCCCUUCUUUUUCUUUUAUUUGUUUCUUUCUCUUUCGUUUCCACGCCAUUUUUUUAUGACAAAUAUCUUCAUCAUUCUCUUCCUCGCUUAUCUUUUCCUUCUUUCUUUCUUUCUUUCUUUCUUUCUUUCUUUCUUCUUCACUCCUUAUUCCCAUCCUCAUUUACCGUCUUUCUUUGCUUGUCUCUCUUCUAUCUUCGUCUGCUUAAUGAUAAUUGCUCGUUAUACUUUUUACCGUUUUUCCGUUUUGAUCGAGACGCAAAUGGAGAAAUCACUUUUUUUGUUAUCAGCGCCCCCUAGCGGCAUCGUAGCUUCUAUCUUUAUUUGUUUCUUCCAUUUUCCUUCUUCCUGCUUAUUAGAACAUUAUUAUUCGUCCAUUUUCCCUAUAAGCAUAACUUUUUCUAUUGUUUUCAGAGCUUCUGCUCGCUUCAUUUUUAAACAGAUAUUUAUAACAUUUACUAACGAGAUACCGGAUCACUUUUCACAGAUAACUCUUUGUUUGUUUGUUUGUUUGUUUCUUUUUUUCUUUCUUUCUUUCUUUCUUUCUUUCUUUCUUUCUUUCUGUCUUCCUUUCUUUCUUUCUUUCUUUCUUUCUUACUUACUUACUUACUUUCUUUCUUACUUUCUUUCUUUCUUUCUUUCUUACUUUCUUUUUUUCUUUCUUACUUUCUUUCUCCCUUUCUGUCUUUCUUUCUUUCUUUCUUUCUUUCUUACUUUCUGUCUUUCUUUCCUUUCUUUCUUUCUUUCUUUCUUACUUUCUUUCUUUCUGUCUUUCUUUUUUUUUUUCCUUUCUUUCUUUCUUUCUUUCUUACUUCCUUUCUUCCUUUCUUUCUUACUUUCUUUCUUACUUUCUUUCUUUCUUUCUUACUUUCUUUCUCCCUUUCUGUCUUUCUUUCUUACUUUCUUUCUUUCUUUCUUUCUUUUUACUUUCUUUCUUUCUGUCUUUCUUUUUUCUUCCUUUCUUUCUUUCUUUCUUUUUUUCUUACUUCCUUUCUUCCUUUCUUUCUUGCUUUCUUUCUUUCUUACUUCCUUUCUUCCUUUCUUUCUUUCUUUCUUUCUAACAGUUUCUUUUUCUUUUUUGCCCAUCUUUAUGAGUUUUUCACUCACACUUUCUCACUUUCACACUCCCCCUCUACUUCCUCCCUUUCUCCCUUUUACUCUUUCAACCCUUCCUUUUCACUCUCUCUUUCAAAAUAUCACACGCUUUUCUCUUUCUCAUUUUUCUCUCUUUUCCCACUCUCUUUUUUCAUCUCUUUUUCCCCAUAUCUUUCUUUAA